GCUCGAAGCGUGCAACCUACCCGCUCGCCUGGGAUGUCUAGCCGAGGUGGGUGCAGUUGCCGAUGAGGCAAACAGCCCGAGAUCUUUCGAGGCAUAAAUAGGGGCGAGCUACGGCACCUUCCGUCGUCGUCCGCAUCUGCCAUUUCCUUCCCCCUUGCGUUGCUUUACGGCCUCUACUAGUCAAGCAUAGGAGAUGUCUCGCCUUUGCCUCGUGCUCUUGAUCGCCUUUGCCGCUGCGGCGGUAAUCAGCGCACAGAGGAGACUGCCCAAGUUCAACUUCAGACCGCAGCCCAGCCGUUUCCGCUAUGACGUAAAUGCGCAAGCUGGAGGUCGCAACCUGCGCAACUUCGCAGGCGGCGCCGAAGUGCGUGGAGAGUACGACGUCUACCGUGCCAAUAACGGCGCCAAAGUUGUUCUGGGCGGCGGCGUCUCCCAGGACGUGCUGCGGCACGAAGGAAAGACGUACAAGGGCAAGCCAGAGGCUAACGUUGGCGUCGGAGUAGAGAUACCCAUUGGGAAAUGAAGCACAGCUGUCUUGAUCAAGUAAUAACACCACCGCGCCAACGCUAUUACUCAGUCAGCGAGACAUUGUGGCUGUAUAGGUUCUAUGACAGUUUAAUAAAUUAUAUGGUCAAAUAAAAUGCGUGCGCCGCA